UCACCAACGCCAGACACCAGGACAGCCCUAGGGCGGAAGGGACGAUGGAGAAUUUCACGGCACUGUUCGGAGCUCAGGCUGACCCCCCACCUCCCUCAACCGCACUAGGCUUCGGACCAGGAAAACCUCCACCCCCGCCUCCCCCGCCUCCGGGCGGGGGACCCGGCACGGCCCCUGUCCCAACCGCGGCCACGGCAGCUCCUGGGACCGACAAGUCAGGGGCUGGCUGUGGUCCCUUCUACCUAAUGCGGGAACUGCCAGGCAGCACAGAGCUGACAGGCAGCACCAAUCUGAUCACACACUACAACCUGGAACAGGCCUAUAAUAAAUUCUGUGGGAAGAAGGUGAAGGAGAAGCUAAGUAACUUCCUGCCAGACCUGCCAGGGAUGAUUGAUCUGCCUGGUUCCCAUGAUAACAGCAGCCUCCGCUCCCUCAUUGAGAAGCCCCCUAUUCUUGGUGGCUCUUUUAAUCCUAUCACAGGGACCAUGCUGGCUGGCUUCCGCCUCCACACUGGCCCGUUGCCAGAGCAGUGUCGUCUGAUGCACAUUCAGCCUCCCAAGAAGAAGAAUAAGCACAAGCACAAACAGAGCCGUACGCAGGAUCCCGUCCCUCCAGAAACACCAUCUGAUUCUGAUCACAAAAAGAAGAAGAAGAAGAAAGAAGAGGAUCCCGAGCGGAAAAGAAAGAAGAAAGAAAAGAAGAAAAAGAAGAACCGACACAGCCCGGACCACCCAGGCAUGGGCAGCUCCCAGGCGAGCAGCAGUGGCAGCCUCCGCUGACGGGCCUCCUGGACCCGUCAGCGCCCCACCUCCGCCAUCUGGACCCAGCCACAACCCCCCAGCAGCCUCCAGCCAUCCAGACCCGCCAGUGACCCCCCCAGUAACCCCCUUCAUCUGGACACUGCCCCUCUGCUGUCGGGACCCUGCUGGUCACAGCUGCCUUCCAGGACCUUGGGCACUGUCUUGGGAAAAUCGGACUGGGACAGAAGCUGGCUCGCAGUGCUCCAUUAAGGUUAACACAUUAUGUUAAAGAAGGGCCAUACUUUUUGUAAGGCUCACAGACAUCUUCCAGGAAGCUUUCAUCUCUUGUGCAACUUGUCUGAUUUAGGACUUUAUCUGAUUUAUUACUGUUUUCUUUAAAUUUUUUUGUUCAUUUAUCACACUAGCUGGUGUGGCUGCCUAUAAGAGGUUAUGUGCCUUUCUGUGGUAGGGUUUAAGCUGAGGCAUGCGAAGAUCUGAAGGGAUCUGGUUCUUGUCAUUACAUUAUCGCAUCAGCAGAGGGGAACACCCAAAACAAGAUUGCGGAACAUGGUCCCAAUAGCGAAGCAAAGCUUGGUGAUACCUUUCCACAGCAGACAUGAAACAGCCUGCCCAUAACACUGAGAACCAAGCAUAGGAUGAUCUUCAGGUUCCCUUUAAGAGCUGAUCUAGUUAGGGCUCAGCUGUGUUCUAGGUUAAUUUUGUGUUGAAACAAAAUAGCCAACUGAAAAAACACCCACAAUCACUUAUUUCAACAAGGUUAAUUUUUGGUCAAGCCUGAGUUUUUAAAAUAAACCUCUGGCAAAGGUCA